AUGGCUACCAAGUUCUUGACAUUAACUUGCUUACGCCGGGAGAACUAUGGGAACUUGUUGCCAAGGCCACACUAUCCAUUCAUGCCAAAGUACGCAAAACGCUUGGAAGUGGAUGUGAAGGGGACAGAGGUUAAGGCAAUGUUUUCGGUCACAGGAAUGACAUGUUCUGCUUGUGCUGGAUCAGUUGAGAAGGCUAUCAAAAGGCUUCCUGGGAUACUUGAGGCCAUUGUUGAUGUCUUGAACCAUAGGGCUCAAGUUAUGUUCUACCCGAGUUUAGUUAAUGAAGAAACUAUCCGCGAGACUAUCGAAGAUGUUGGAUUUCAAGCCGCAUUGAUUGAAGAUGAGAUGAAUGAAAGAUCUAGUCAAGUAUGCAGAAUACAGAUUAAUGGAAUAAGUUGCACUUCGUGCUGCUGUACAGCUGAAAUAGUUCUGCAAGCAAUUCAUGGCGUACAAAGAAUCCAGGUGGCUUUGGCCACUGAAGAAGCUGAAGUUUACUAUGAUCCAAAGAUCCUAGACUACAACCACCUGUUAGAAGCCAUGGAAGAUAUAGGAUUUCAAGCCGUGCUUAUGAGUGCUGGAGAAGCUGUGAGCAAGAUAGAUCUUAAAGUUGACGGUUUAAAGGCAGAUCAUUCAAUCCAAAUAAUAGAAAAUUCUCUUCAAACACUUCCAGGGGUUCAAUUAAUCGAAAUAGACCCUGAGCUCGAUAAAAUUUCUAUUUCUUACAAACCAAGUAUGACAGGUCCUAGAUAUUUUAUCAAAGCCAUUGAAUCAGCUGGGUCCGAAAACUUCAAGGCAAUUGUAUUUCCACAAGGAGAAGACAAAGAAACUCACAGACAAAAAGAAAUCAAGCGAUACCGUGCCACCUUCUUGUGGAGUUUGGUUUUCACGAUUCCUAUAUUUCUAAUUUCCAUGGUAUUUAUGUAUAUCCCUAUAAUUAAUGGUCAACUAGACAUCAAGGUAGUCAAUAUGCUAAGUGUAGGAGAGCUAAUGAAAUGGAUACUAUCCACCCCAGUGCAAUUCGUGGUAGGCCGGCGAUUCUAUACAGGAUCUUAUAAAGCAUUGCGGCGUGGUUCUGCUAACAUGGAUGUUUUGAUUGCCUUAGGAACAAAUGCAGCCUACUUCUAUUCAGUCUACUCAGUAUUGAGAGCUGCUAGCUCUCCAGACUUUGAGGGUACUGAUUUCUUCGAAACUAGCUCAAUGCUAAUCUCAAUUAUUGUUCUUGGGAAGUAUCUUGAAGUUAUGGCUAAGGGGCAGACAUCUGAGGCAAUUGCCAAGCUUAUGGACUUGGAACCUGAGACUGCAAUAUUAUUAACCCUGGAUGAUAAUGGGGACAUUUUAACCGAAGAAGAAAUUGACAGUAGGCUGAUACAAAAGAAAGAUGUGAUCAAAAUUCUUCCUGGUUCGAAAGUUGCUUCAGAUGGUCUUGUCGUCUGGGGGACAAGUCAUGUGAAUGAGAGCAUGAUAACCGGAGAAGCAAGGCCAGUGACAAAGGGGAUGGGUGAUCCAGUAAUUGGAGGCACCUUAAACGAAAACGGGGUACUGCAUAUUAAAGCAACGAGGGUUGGAUCAGAGAGUGCUCUUUCGCAGAUUGUCCGGCUUAUUGAAUCAGCUCAGUUGGCUAAAGCUCCGGUGCAGAAAUUUGCUGACCGUAUAUCCAAAUACUUUGUGCCUCUGGUCAUCAUUCUUUCGUUUUCAAGUUGGCUAGCCUGGUUUUUAGCUGGAGAGUUCCAUGGCUACCCGGAAUCAUGGAUACCACAUUCCAUGGAUAGCUUUCAGCUUGCACUAGAAUUUGGAAUCUCUGUCAUGGUCAUAGCCUGCCCGUGUGCUCUUGGAUUAGCCACUCCGACUGCUGUUAUGGUUGGUACAGGAAUUGGAGCAUCUCAGGGUGUUCUAAUCAAAGGGGGUCAAGCAUUAGAAAGUGCACAUAAGGUGAACUGCAUCGUCUUUGACAAAACUGGAACUCUUACAGUUGGAAAACCAGUGGUCGUCAAAACAACUCUACUGAAAAGCAUGGCACUUCGAGAUUUUUAUGAACUCGUUGCAGCAGCUGAGAUGAAUAGUGAGCACCCUUUGGCCAAGGCUAUUGUGGAGUAUGCAAAGAAGAUCAGUGAGGAUGAAGAAGGCCAUGUCUGGCCUGAAGCACGAGAUUUUGAGUCCAUUACUGGUUAUGGAGUGAAAGCACUUGUCAGAAACAAGGAAAUAAUAGUUGGAAACAAGAGCUUAAUAUUGAAUCAAAACAUUGCUUUUCCAGUUGAUGGAGAACUGAUGCUUGCAGAAACUGAAGCGAUGGCUCAAACUGGGAUAUUAGUAUCUAUUGACCGGGAAGUGACUGGAAUUCUAGCGAUAUCAGAUCCAUUAAAACCGGGCGCCCGUGAAGUCAUUUCCGUUCUCAAGUGCAUGAAAGUUAGGAGCAUCAUGGUCACAGGUGAUAAUUGGGGAACUGCCAAUUCCAUUGCCAAGGAAGUCGGGAUUGAAACUGUUAUAGCAGAAGCGAAGCCUGAUCAGAAAGCUGAGAAAGUGAAGGAAUUACAGGCCACAGGAUUUAAAGUGGCAAUGGUAGGUGAUGGUAUCAAUGAUUCGCCAGCACUUGUAGCUGCAGAUGUUGGAAUGGCAAUUGGUGCAGGAACAGAUAUUGCUAUAGAGGCAGCUGACAUUGUUCUGAUGAAAAGCAAUUUGGAGGAUGUGAUUACUGCUAUAGACUUAUCUAGGAAGACCUUUUCUCGGAUUGGCCUAAACUACAUGUGGGCUUUGGGAUAUAACGUCGUCUGUAUCCCAAUAGCUGCUGGGGCGCUUUUCCCUGGCACUAAACUCCGUUUACCACCAUGGAUUGCCGGAGCUGCAAUGGCAGCCUCUUCAGUCAGUGUGGUUCUUUGCUCCCUCUUAUUGAAGAAUUACAGAAGGCCCAAGAAACUAGAAAAUCUAGAUAUUCAUGGAAUAAAGAUCGAGUGA